CUUUAUGUUGUCAAUAUCUGCACUUAAUGUUGCGCGUAGUUUAUUGUCUGCAAUGUUUGCACAUGCUGCACUCUUGCAGUUAAUGUUGUUAUUUGUAGAUUUGUAGUCUUGUGAUGUUUAAUGUAGCACCAUGGUCCUAGAGAAACGUUGUUUUGUUUUAACUGUGUACUGUAGCAACUGUGUGUGGUUGAAAUGCCAAUAAAAAAGGGGAAGCCAUGGCCUGAUGGGUAGAGAAGCAGCUUUGGGACCAAAAGGUCACCAGUUCGAUUCCCAGGACCAGCAGGAAUGGCUGAAGUGCCCUUGAGCAAGGCACCUAACCCCCAACUGCUCCCCAGACUGCUCUGGGUGUCUCAGCAUGACUGACAGACCGAGUUUUAUUCUGACACUUCUUAAACUCUGCAUCUGUUUUCUGCUGGCAGAAUCUACUACAAAAUGCUUCAUCAAAGAUUAUAAAGCCUAUUGUGCCCUGAGAAACCUGUAUGAGGUGCCAGUUUUGCCUCCCUAUAUAACUUAUUUGGAUCUAACCUUAAAUUACAUCAGUGAAAUCCAUGAGAAAUCCUUCUAUGGUUUGGAAGCACUACAAGUCCUUAUGAUCCAGCAACAAGAAAAUCGACUUGUCUUGAGGAAUAAUGCCUUUAGUGGACUGUCCAAUCUGAUAAAACUAGAUCUGGCAUACAACAUGAACCUACAAGUGGAUCCAGGAACAUUUAAUGGCUUAUUCAACCUUCAGAUACUCAAUCUUACAGAGUGCAAGUUAUCUGACUCUAUUCUUUCAGGAGACUAUCUGAGACCUCUGGUCUCUCUGGAGCAGCUUUUACUGCCUGGAAAUAAUAUACAUAAAAUCCGUCCCGCUUCUUUUUUUGUCAACAUGAGCAAAUUGCAUAUUGUGGACAUCUCUCAUAACUGGAUUAAGAGUUUUUGUGAAGAAGAUUUACUCCAUUUUCAAGGUAAACACUUCACUCACCUCAAACUGCGUGACAUCAAAAUGUCUGACAUGUCUCCGUAUUGGUCUGGAUGGAGUAAAUGUGGAAACCCGUUCAAGAACAUGUCUAUGACGGUGCUUGACUUGUCUCUAAAUGGCUUCAAUGUUGACAUGGCAGUGCUGUUCUUUAAAGCAAUCAGAGGAACCAAAAUUUACAUUUUGAUCCUUAAUCAGAGUGGCAGCAUGGGAAAGGGAGUUUGGUACUCCAACCUGAAAGACCCAGACAGGAAUACAUUUAUAGACCUGUCUGAGAGUGGCAUUAAGGCUCUGGACCUGUCCAGUGCCAGCAUUUUUGCUCUUAAAAAUUCGGUAUUCUAUUAUAUGCCAGAUCUGUUGGAAAUCUCAUUAGCUGUUAAUUUAAUCAACCAAAUUGAAAGAGAUGCUUUUUAUGGACUGGACAGUUUAAGAAUGCUCAAUCUGUCUCAUAACCUUUUGGAUAAAAUUGAUUCUGGAACAUUUCAGAACUUAAAAAGUUUAGAGACACUGGAUUUAUCUAAUAAUAACAUAAGAAUGUUUUUGUCUGAGUCAUUUCAAGGACUGCCCAAUCUAGCUCAACUCUUUCUCUCUGAAAAUUCAUUACAAUCUGUGCAUGGACUGGCAAACCUUCCAAAACUUAAAGGACUUGACUUAGCCAGUAACAAAAUUACAUCAUUGAAUGGUCUUUCAAGCCAAGCAAGAAACACCACAAUCAUUGAUUUGCAGUACAACAAAUUAAGUAAUGUUGAAACCUACUACAUCAUAUUAGUAGCAUUUCCCAAUAUUGAAAAAAUAUACCUUGGAGGCAACAUGUUUUCAUGGUGUUUGCUGAAUGCUAAAUAUUCUGUAUCACCUUUAAACAAUGUACAAAUUCUUGACCUCCACAUGACCGGCUUGCAAAAUCUCUGGUCACAAGUACAGUGUCUCGACAUGUUUGACCACCUUCACCAGUUACAGGGGCUUUCUCUGCACACAAAUUACAUGCAGUCACUUCCAGAAAAUAUUUUCAAGGGACUCACCUCUUUGCAUUAUUUAGAUUUGUCCAUUAACUCUCUCACCUAUAUACCAAAUGGUAUAUUUCCUAAAAGUCUGAAGAUACUCAACCUUGCUUACAAUAAUCUUGGUUCUGUUGAUCCACAAGCCUUCAGCACCCUGACCCUCAUCAGCUUUCUUGGGAACCACUUUCUUUGUGAUUGCAAUCUGAGAGACUUCCAGACAUGGUUAAAUCAUACAGAUGUACAAAUGGAUUCCCCUGCUGAGGAACUGAUGUGUGAGUUUCCUGAAGCACAAAGAGGGAAGCCUCUUCUGCAUGUUAAACUAUGUGAGGACGAAGGGGACGAGCAGAGCAUGGAGCAGCUGAGGCUCACACUUUUCAUCUGCUGCACCAUACUUAUUAUGCUAACCACUACAGGGGCUAUUAUUUUUGUACGGCUGCGUGGUUACUGCUUCAAGCUUUACAGAAAGGUGAUUGUUAGAUUUGUGGAGGGAGGCCAAAAAUUUCCUGCUAACGAUGACUUCAUGUAUGACGUCUACUUAUGUUUCAGUUCUAAAGACAUCAAAUGGGUGACAGAGGCACUGUUAAAAAACCUAGACACACAGUUCUCUGAUCAAAAUGAAUUACGUUGUUGCUUUGAAGCGCGAGACUUCAUACCAGGAGAAGAUCAUCUAUCUAACAUGCGUAACGCUAUCUGGAACAGCAAGAAAACGUUAUGCGUCUUAUCAAGAGAGUUCUUUAAAGAUGGCUGGUGCUUGGAGGGCUUCAGUCUGGCCCAGACCAAGAUGUUGGAAGAGGCCCAAGAUGUUUUCCUGGUGCUUCUUGUGGACAACAUACCACAUUACAAACUGAUGAAAUACAAACCGGUCAGAACCUACUUCCACAGCAGGAGGUGUCUCAGGUGGCCAGAAGAUAGCCAGGACUUGGAGUGGUUUUUCAACCAUCUUAAACAAAUUAUAUUAAAAGACAACAAAGUCAAGUACACGAAAAAAGAUCUUGAAACAAACCAUGAAGCGACAAACUGUGAAGUAGUAACUGCUCUUUGAUCCAUCCAUCGAUAUAUUCGUGGAAAAAUAUGAAAAACAUGGUAAUACAAAGAUGUCAAUAUAUUAGUCACUCGAUUAAUGGACCUACAAACAGGUAGCUUAAUAUGUAUUGAAGAUAUGGUAUAUCCAUUCAGCAAAGAAUAAAACAUGACAGGGUGCGCUGUAAAAAUAUAUAUAUCAAAGACGGUGUUAAGAUGCUUCCUGACUCAAAGUGGAGUUACCUGAAACACGUAAGUUGAUGACGGAUGUUUUAUUCCUCUUAUACCACAGCAAUUUGUUCAUGCUCACGACACUUUUAUUCAUUUAAAAUUAUGGUUAAUUUUGUGCACAAUCAAGUUACUUCCUGUUAUCACUUCCUUUAUUGUAGUUAUAACCAGUCAUUCCCUCACCAGCCUGUUUUUUCUCUGUAAGUUAAUAAGACAAAUAAACAAAAAUCGCAGCUCAUCAUGUUGCUGAGAAACUACAAAGUAUAAACACGUCAGUGCUGAAGAUGUCAGAAAACCUGAUGCCUUACUUUGAAUUUUCCAAAGCACUGACAAUGGAAACAUCUUCCAGAAAAAUUUAUGUGGAGUUAAGGCCUCUGCAUGCUCUUGUGACAAGGCUUUCGCAGAUAGCUUUUCGCAGACAGUUGUAAUUUAUUGUUGAGCGGGGAGUUAUAGGUGUGCGCGAUGUUAUUCACCGGCACAACGCAAGGGGGCGCGAAGUCGCUAGGAGUAGUUGGUGGGUGUGGUUAGUGGAGUGUUUAUCCUCCGGUUACUUAUAAUGACUAGAACUUUUUUUUUUAAUAAUGACUAGAACUGGAGUCGUAUAGAUGUACAUACUUCCUCAAUCAACCGCUCUUCAUGCUGCUCCAUCUUCGCUCGUGUUUUUAAAAAUGCCGGUCGUGAAAACAAAACAAACCGGGAAAGUAGGGAAGCGGAAGUGCGUGUACAGCGGAUGUAGAGUGGACCAAUCAGAGUCCUCUUGUCUGCGACGCUGUCUGCGAGGCUUCUGCGGUGGUCACAAUUUUUGAGAGGUGCGCACAGAGCGUCUGCGAAGGUGGGGGGGGGCUACGCAGACACUAUCUGCGACACCGUCUGCGAGGACUGGGUUGUCAGCAUAAAUUGGCCUUUACAAGUCCCUUUGUAAGUUGUUACUAUAUAAAUUACAUAUAUAGAAGAUACUACACAGUUGUGCGAAGAUAUGAAGUUGAUCUUUGAGUGGUGAAUGUAUAUAUCACGAGUGAGUGACGUGAAUGAGUGAAAAUAUUUUCAACACAAGAAGAUAAACUUCAUAUCUUUGUGCCACCGUGUAGCAUUCUUUAUAUUAUAUGGACACAUCCACACACAAAAAAACCCGUAAGUUAAUCAAAAGAAUUUUAAUUUUGCACAGGUCCGCCAUUUUGACAACGUGCAUCUAGUCAGCAGGAAAACACUGGGAGUGACAUCAUCGGAGUGAAAUAUCCAGAAUUAUUAUCCAUAUAGGACACUUUUUUGAUGGAAUAAAAACAUCUGUUCUGUUCCCUUCUAGCGGGUUUCAUUCAUUUGGUUUGAUAGCAUGCAAUAUUGUUAGCAUAUCACUUACGUGUAUUACGCCACUAUACCCAAUGGAGAAUGAGCGUUGAAUAUGGUUUACGAUAUUGCAUGGAUGUCAAGACGACAUCAUGUUGGAGAUGUAAAACUUCCACACUAGCGAGUGACUGUGACAAUUUGUACACAAGCAUGGCCACCAGGUUUGCUUCAUUAAAUAUGGAAGAUUUUGAGAGAAUUUUGAAAGAGAAAGACACAUUGAACACCUGAAAGGAAUUUAUAUGUAUAGUAAUAAUAAUAAUAAUAAUAAUAAUAAUAAUAAUAAUGGCUUUUUUCAUGGUAUAUCAGAUAUAUUCCAUUCAGCUACUCAUCUUUGAUUCAAUGCCAGCCAAUAUUUAAAAAUGUCACUCAGAUCCGCGAUGUAUUUUGUAUGAAAAAUGUGAGUUUUUCAACAUGAGAAGAUAAACUUCAUAUCUUUUUAUUAUAUUGACACAUUCACAAACAGAAAGUACCUAAAUUUAUCAAAAUUCAUCAAUUUCCUCACAAGAGACAUAUAUAGAUUUAUGUCAUGGUUCUGGUUCUCCAUGUCCAGGAUGGAGCUCGGAUGAAAAAUACAAGUGGUGUAUUUCCCAGUAAAACACUCACGUCCAUAUAAUAUAUAUAUGUUAUUUACCAGCUGGGAGGUCCGUAUCGUGAAAUUCCAUGACCGAGGUCUUGAAAGUACUGAGCGAGGCCCUCUGGGCCGAGGUCAGUAUUCAAGGCCGAGGUCACGGUAUUUCACCAUACGGACCGACCUUAAGCUGGUAAAUAAUAUAUUUAUUUUUUUCUUUACCAAAUUCUAACAGAAAACGAGAGCGCCCGAAAGGGAAAACUGAGCCGAGCCCAGCCGAGCCACCAUUUUGAAUGCUCAUUCACGGCUGUAAUGCAAAUGGCUUCCUCCUCGGUAUACAAGUGCACUUCCAUGGCAGGAAAAAAACUACAUUUUGCCACCUAUGUAGCCCCCUAUUUAUACAAAAUUGAGUCAUUCAGGAUUCAGCCAUGAUUUGCUCGGCGUUAGCAACAGUUAGAGGUUUUUAGCUUUCUCCUGAAAUGUUUUAUUUUAUUUCUUCUUCCUCAGGGUAGUAAAACUCACUUUCGCUGUGAAGACUGUCGUUAUCGCUAUCCAUGAUGUAAAAUUAAUGCUAUUAUGCUGAGAAAUGCUGGCAAAAAUUUAUAAGAUUUUUGAUAAAAAUCUUAUAAAUAAAUCUUAUAAAAAAAGAUAAAUGUUGACAAAAAUUGCUACUAGGUUUGUUGUUGUUGUGAGUCGCCAGAGGGCCAUAACUGGGGUCCGUACCGUAGAAUACGUACCCGCUCGCCAGCCAAUCAGAGCACAGGAUUUGAUGGAAAUCGGACCACGAAAAAAAUAAAUCAAUGUAUUAGAAGGAGUGCAUUAAUAUAGCCUAAACUUGUGAUUUGCAGCUUUACAACUAUAAGAACUGCUGGCAGUAGCAAAAAAGUAUAAAUUAAUCAAUACAUUCUUAUCAGAUUAGAGACUUCAGCAACACCGUAGUACAUAAGUAAUGUUUAACUACUUGUUGAUACAGCAUAGUGAAACAUUUACAACUUUGGUCAUUUUAGAACUUACUCCAAAUCUAGUUGAUCAGCAAUUUUAUUUUUUGUUAUCUAACCUUCACAUCCUGUUCAGUACUUAUCAAAGCUCUGUCCCAGCACAGCUUCAGGGACAGAGCCGAGUAUGGAAAGAAACUAGACAGGGACACUCUAACGAGUGCAAACCCCGCCUUUUCCCUAUUAAAAUACAUUGGGCGAAAAUUUCAAAGUUCUGCCAUGACCUUGACCUUUGACCUCCAAAAUUUAAUGGUUUCCUUCCUGGGUGAUUGGCAACACAUGUACAAAAUUUGGUCCAAAUCGAUCCAUUGGUUCUUGAGAUAUCUUGCAGACACACAGACAGACAGACAGACAGACAGAUACACACACACACAGACUGACGCAGGUGAAAAUAAUAACCCCUCCGACUACUGUCGGCGGGGUUAACAAUGAGCUUUUUGCAGCACUGUAGGAUAAUUUUGGCCCAUUCCUCUUAGCAAAUUCUCUUUAAUUCCCCACAGUUACAAGGGCUCCCCUGAUGGACUCCCAAGUUCCAAAUCCUUCACCAAUAUUCAACAACAUUCAUGUCAGUAGAUUGGCUAGAUCAUACUGUACAAGCAACUUCACCUUUGGGGUUGUUGUCUUGGUAAAAUCCCCAUCUUCUCACCAGAUUCAGUUUCUUUUUUCCUACAAUGACAUGUAAUGCCCAUUUGAAGAUAAGCAGCCCCAUAUGAUUGCUCAUGAUGCUUCCACCACCGUGCUUCACUGUGCUUAUGGUACUCUUGGGGAUCAUAAGUGCAACCCCCUUUUUUUCUCUAAAUAUGACAAACUCAAGUGUUGCCAAAAAGAUCUAUUUAAAUUCUUGAGUAAAAAUGUAGAAAUACUGUGGAAUACACUGGAAUACAUACAUUAUGACACAGGUACAGGACAUGUAUAACCAAAGUAAAUGUACACUUUAAGGUCCAAUUGUGUUUUUUGUUGUAUAUAAUGUUACUUUCCCAGGUAAUUACAGGCAUCAAAGAUGUUCUCAACCUGUAGCAAGUGCAUUUCAGAAUGUGUUUUCAUAUGUAGUCCAGGCUUUUAUCGAGGCGAAUCUUUGUGUAAAAUGUCUGUUUUUAACCUAAACGCACUGUUAAUUUAGACAAGUUAUUAACAACUACUGAUGAUUGUAAAAAAUAUAUAUACU